AUGAUAUUAGGACCGAUCAGUCUCCUCGACUGUCUGGCAUUUGUGAUCGUGCUAAUCCCACAGCUUCUUUAUCAAGCCGAGUUUUUCUCCCUUUUACUUGUCAUAGUCAAGGUUAUCCCAUUUCUGAUAUUCCAACUCCCCUAUCAAUUGCUACACGAGCGGUAUUAUACCAAGAGAGGGACACGAUCCCCUUUUACGAGAAACGCCACUCUUUUUCAGGCUCUGGUUAUCCGAUGUGUCCGUUAUGCCUUUGCAAAUAUUCCCGCUAGUAUCGGACGGGUCUUCUUCUCGAAAUGGGUGGCUUAUCCUUUCUUUCGCUUUCGGCUCCUUCGACAUGGCUACCUUCAUUGCCCAAUGUACUAUCGAGAGAUCAUCAGGCAUGGCGCAAAGGGUCUUUGGAUCAUUGAUGAUCCCAGCUCCGACCCAGACAUUGUCAUAUACUAUGCACAUGGGGGCGGGUUCUCCAUGGGUUCGGCAUAUUUCUACAUGGAAUUUUUGAUGGCCUGGGCAACUCGAUUGAAGGAGAAUGGGUUCGAAAAUCCUGCUGUAUUUGCACUUGAGUACACUCUGGUUCCUGACGCUCAAUGGCCAACCCAAUUCAAUGAGACACGAGCUGGCUAUACGUUCCUACGGGAAACCUUUGGUGAUGGAUCGGCCGCCAAAAUCUGUGUUAGUGGAGACUCUGCCGGUGCGACAUUGAUUCUGAGUAUGUUGUUACAACCAGGUCAUCUUGAACAAGAUCCUCAAUUUCAAGCUCUGCAUAAGCCUGGUUUGGCCAUUCUGAUGUCUCCAUGGACUCACCUAGUCUCACCUGUCAAUCAAAACACCCCAAGUGAUUACCUGGACCGCGAAAGUUUGCAUCUAUACGCCAAGCAAUAUGCUGGAAAGUCAUCCACCAAAGACGAGGUGAUAUCUCCAGGGUUGAGCACGGGACGAUGGAAGCAAGCAUCGCCGAUCAACGGGUACCGUGUUGUGUUUGGCAGUGAAGAAGUGUUCGCGCCCGGUAUCCAUGAGAUGUUGAAGAAUAUGAGGGCCAACGGGGCUGUGGUAAAAGAACAGGAACAUAAGGCUGGGAUUCAUGCAUGGCCGGUAGUCAACUUGUUCCUGGGAAGAGAUCGCAAGGAGCGAUUGAUAGGUCUCGACAUGAUGACUGAAUAUAUACUGGCUUCGAGUAUGGCGUCAAAAGUGGCCAAAGCAUCGUAA